UUGGAAGCCCUAGUGGCCCGGGACCGAGAUCUUCAGCAGCUGAAGCUGGGGCUAGUGGUCCCAGCAGCCCGGCCCCCCCUCUCCUGGCAGCAGUGCCAGGAAGCCUUUGACAAUUACCUACGGCUGAUCCAUGGCCCUGGCCUGCUGGGUGUGCAGUCUGGAAGGGAGUCCCAGCCAUGCAGCACCAUGACCCUCACGGUGGAGAGAGAGACCUGGGACAUGUGUACCCUGCCAAGAGCUGCCCCCUGUCUCGGGUGGGCUGGGGUCAGCACCAAAGGCCAGGCAGCACCAACAGCCCUGCCCCCACAGGACCUGGGGGCCCAGGGCCAGCGCUUCUCCCGCCCUCCCAGAGUUGCAUUGCCCAUUCCACCCCGCCGGAGAGUGCACAGCAAGGCGUCCCGGCUUCUGGCCCGUUCCUCCCUGAGCUAUGAUCUGGGCCUCAGUCUGGAUCUGCAGCUGCAGUCACGGCCGCUCCGAGGGGAGGCACCUGUGGCUCUGGACCUGCCCUCCUCCCACCUGCAGCACAGGAUCCCACUGCUGCUGAAGAGACAGCCCAAGGAGGCUCUCUCUAACCUCAGGGGCUUCUUUCCUGCCACCACGCAGCCCCACAAGCAGUGCUCACGACCGGUCAGCUUCCCUGGCUGCGUGCCCAACUCCAUGGUGCUGCAGCAGAUGUGGCUGCCCGCAGAGCAAGGCUGGAACCAGGAUGACCUGUGGCUGCAGCACCCCAGGCAGUUCCACACCCACUGGCAGAGGAAGCUGAUCCCGUGGCUGGGGGGGCUGCCCGGGGAGGAGGAGGCGGAGGCGGAGGAGGCAGAGCAGCUGGACCUGGACGCGGACUGGGCCUCCGAGUCCCUGAGCCCGCCCAGGUCAGACUCUGAUCAGCAGCUGGAUUCCAGGGAGCCAGAGGCUCAGGCCUCUGCAGACUUGACCCUGGAGCCCCUGCGCCCCUACGAGGCUGCCAGGACCAAGAGCUUUCCCCCCCAGGACCAGUCCAGGCACUCGCUCUGGGAAGAACGCUAUGGGUAUCUGCCCAGUUUCCUGCAAUUUUUCGUCACCCAGAACUGGUUCAAAAAGCUGUUCCCCAUCUUUACUCUGCAGGCAUACCCAGAGGCGGGCACGGUGGAGGGCCUGGCCUCGCUGCUGGUGGAGCUGCUGGAGGAGGCCACCUGGGCUGACCGCGUGCACAUCCUCCAUGCGCUGCUGGGGCUGCUGCCUGACGUGGGCAGCAAUUUCUGUGUCCGGCUGCAGGGCAUCCUUGUGCACUUGCUCAACAUGGACCAGCCCCCCAGCCUCCAGGACCGAACUCAGAAGCAGUUCGUGAUGCUGGCACUGCAGCUGCUCCUGGCCUGCUCCCUGGAGUCCCACGACGUGGUGCUGGAGCUCAUGUCCUACCUCCUCUACUCUCCGGUCAUCUGCCGGCCUGACCUCAACAAGCUGCUGGAUGGGCUGGGCCUUCAGGACCCACAGGGCUUCCUGUUCAAGGAGAUGAUGACCUGGGUCCAGGGACUGGACCUUGACUCCAAGGACGCACUGCGAAAACGCUGCUGCCAGAAGCUGGAGGACAUGAUCCAGCAGCUGCAGGGGGAGACCUCGCAGCCACCAUCACCGUGUGUAGCCAAGUUGUCCGUAGUGCUGCCCAACGUCUCUGAGGCCUCAGAGGUUUCCUCUACUGCCAGGGAGGCCCCCUCGGAGGCUUCCCUGGUGGCUGGGGUGCCUGCACGCGUCUCUAUGACACCCGCAGGCCCCUCCUGGCCGCCCUUAAGCAUCUCCAAGACGCUCUCGCAUGUUUUGGAGGUGCCCUCGCUGGUGACCUGGCCAGACUUGGCCACCCCAGACUCGGCUGCCUUGGAGCUCCAGGCCGAGCAGCCGCUGGUGCCAGCGUGUGCCCAGCAGACCAGACGCACGCUCUGCGAGACACUGCAGACCUUCUGCUUUGUGCCUGAUGCCCACUUGGGCCCCUUGGUGCCCACCACGCUGCCUGGCGGGCCACUGCCGCUUGAGAAGACGGACUGGUCGCAGUCGCAGAUGGUGGACCUGGGCCUCAUCGAUGCACUCAACUUGUUCUGCGAGAGGCAGGCGCAGCAGCAAGGCUUGCUGCAGGAGGCUGAGCCCGAGCGCUCGCACCUGCAGCUGCAUCUGCCAGUGCCCAACACGGUGGUGCCACCGCCCCGGGACCGCUGGCGCUACCCCAUCCUCCGGCUUCAGGAGGUGAAAGUUCAGAGGUCUGGGAUGAGACUGAGGGGCUGUAAGCUGCCCCUAGUCCUGCCCACGGCCACCUCCUACUCCUGUGGUUCCUCUAUCCCCCGUGUCAUCAGGUCCCUGAGUUAA